AUGCACCUGCCCGGCUGCGCCCCAGCCAUGGCCGACGGCAGCUUCUCGCUCGCCGGCCACCUGCUCCGCAGCCCGGGCGGAAGCACCUCGCGGCUGCAUAGCAUCGAAGCCAUCCUGGGAUUUACCAAGGACGACGGGAUCCUCGGUUCCUUCCCGGAGGAGCGGGUCGCCCGGGGUGCGAAAGAGCGGGAUAGGAGGCCGGGCGCGCGGACCUCCUGCCCCAAGGCGCCUGCAGGAGGCGCCGAGCCCUCCACGCCGCCUGCCCCGGCACCGGCUCCCGAGUACGAAGCCCCUCGCCCCUACUGCCCCAAGGAGACAGGGGAGGCGCGGCCGAGCCCUGGGCUGCCUGUCGGACCCCCAGCCCCCAGCGACUCGAAGCUGUCAGAGGAGGAGCAGCCCAAGAAGAAGCAUCGACGGAACCGCACGACCUUCACCACAUACCAGCUGCACGAGCUGGAGCGCGCGUUCGAGAAGUCCCACUACCCCGACGUGUACAGUCGCGAGGAGCUGGCCGGCAAGGUCAACUUACCCGAGGUCCGGGUCCAGGUGUGGUUCCAGAACCGACGGGCCAAGUGGCGGCGGCAGGAGAAGCUGGAGGUGUCGUCCAUGAAGCUGCAGGACUCGCCUCUGCUCUCCUUCAGCCGCUCCCCGCCCGCCGCGGCCCUGGCGCCCCUCGGGGCGGGCCCGGGCGGCGGAGGCGGCGGGCCUGCGGGGGGCGCCCUGCCGCUCGAGUCGUGGCUCGGGCCGCCGCUGCCGGGCGGGGGCGCCACGGCGCUGCAGAGCCUGCCAGGCUUCGGGCCGCCGGCGCAGAGCCUGCCCGCCAGCUACACGCCGCCGCCUCCGCCCUUCUUGAACUCCCCGCCCCUCGGGCCCGGCCUGCAGCCCCUUGGGCCGCCGCCGCCGCCGCCGCCGCCGCCCGCCUACCCGUGCGGGCCCGGCUUCGGGGACAAGUUCCCGCUGGACGAGGCGGACCCGCGCAACAGCAGCAUCGCGGCGCUGCGCCUGAAGGCCAAGGAGCACAUCCAGGCCAUCGGGAAGCCGUGGCAGGCCCUCUAA